AUGUUUGAGUUUUUAGUUGGUUUUAUAUUUGGUGUUUUUUGUAUUAUUAUAACAGCUUUCCUUUUUAUUUAUAUACAAUUUUCACAAAAAAAUACUUCACCAAAGACGAUAGAUCAAUUUCAAAAUUUAGAAAUGCCAGAGGAAUUAAAAAAAUUUUUAAAUAUAGAUAAUUUAACAUCAUCUUCUACACCACGGGUUGAAUCAUGUUUCUCAAUAUCUGCCUUAUUACAUUUUCUUUUUCAAGAACAUAAAGAUACAAGAUUAUUUCGACGUUGGCUUCAUAAAAGGCUUCAAUUAGAAAUUAAUGAUAUUUCAUCAAGGAAUGCUGCAGCACAUUAUAUUAUUCAAAGUGUUAAAAUAAGAGAUUUAGAUGUUGGAAGUAAAUUUCCUAUUAUUAAAAAUAUAUCUGUUGAAAAUAUAAAAAUGUGUAAUGAUGAUAAUUCUGUUGAAUCACUUUCAUUAUUAGUUGAUUUAUUUUAUACAGGAAAUUUUUAUACAUCAAUUUUUGCUAGUACAAUAUUUGGUGAUACAUUUAUUGGAGUAAAAAUAACAAAAUUAGAAGGAAAAGCAAAAAUUAUAAUGUCUAGAGAUCCUUAUCCACAUUGGGCUUUUUCAUUUACAAAUGUUCCUCAUUUAGAGUUAGCAUUUGAAACACAAUUAGGUGGAGUUGCUGCUCAAUAUUGUACUCCAAUUAUUGAAAAACAAUUUAGAAAUGUUAUACAAAAAAAACAAGUUUGGCCAAAUUAUAAAGUACGUUAUCGUCCAUUUUUUCCAAAUCCAUUAAUGCAACCUACAGCAUCACCAAAAGCUUUUAAUCAUGUUGAUAUACGUGGUGGUUUACAAGUAAAUAUAUUAGAAGGAUCACGUUUACCUAUACAAAUAUUAAAUGGAAAAAAAGCAAUUGUGUAUUGUGCUGUAUUUUUAGAUCCAAAACCAUUUGCUAAUUUUAAUGCUAAUUGUAAUCAUGUUAGUACAAUUAUGAUAAAUUUUCCACGUCAUGAUCAAAAAGAACCAUUAGGAUUAACAUUUAUAAAACAUUGUGAUGAUUUUGGUAGUAAGAAGAUUAAGAUUGAAAGUGUUGCUUUAAAUUCAUCUGCUGCUGACGCAGGAUUUCGUCAAGGUGACAUCAUACUAUCAGUAAAUAAUGUUGUUGUUUCAAAUUCUAAUCAUGGUAUAAAAUUAUUAAAUACAAAAGGAGACCUAUCUGUAUUAGUUGAAAGAGAAAAUGAUGAUUUAUUUAGAUCUGAUACACCUGAUUUAAUACAAGAAUGUCUUGAUGAAGAAUUAGUUGAUAUUGAAUUUAAUAUUACAAAUGACAAGGAUAAUCAAAUUAUUAUUACAUCAUUAUCAAAUAACACAAAUGAAAAAAAAGAUGAUAUUAUAAAAGAAUCUGAUAAUAUACCUAUACCAUGUGAUAAUAUAUCAUUAUCAGAAAGUUUACCAAAAUCAAGUCCAGAUAAUUUAUUAUUCGAUAAACAAAGUAUUCAAGAUGUUUACCCUACAAUAAAUGAAGAGAAAUGUGAGAAAACAAUUUUUUCACAAAAUUUAAGAAAAGUAGGUUCGGAAAUAAGGCCAGUAUCAAUGAUUGAAUCAUCAAAUAUUGAUAAUAUGUUUAAAUGGAAUAGUGUUGACAAUUUAAGUUGUCAAUUAAAAGAUAAAGCCGAUGACACUACUAAUAAUGAAAAUCAAAAUGAUGAAAAAUCUAUAUCAAAUAAUUCAAAUAUUUCAAUGAGUAAAAAUGAUUUAGAUAACUUAUCAAUAGCAACUGAUGAUUGUUCAGAAGAUACAGAUUCAUUAGUAGAAUUAAAAACUGGUAAAAAAAGAACAAAACUAGCAGCAAAAUAUGUACAAAUGGUAAAUAAAUUAGCCGUAACAAAAUCAAAAGUUAACAAUAUGAUAAAAUCAAGAAGAGAAAAAAAUUUAGAAAAUGAUCAUGAGAAAGACAAUGAACAUGAAGAAAUUCAAGAAGGAGAAGAAGCUACAGAAGAAAAUAUGUUUAAUAAUGAUUAUGAUUCAAUUUAUUCAAAAGAUUCAAUUAUUUCAUCAUUAUCAGGAGUAAAACAACAAAAACGUCCAAUAUCACUAGAAGUACCAGUUGUUGAUGGUUUUAAAAGUAAAGUUAAAAAUGUCGCUAAAGGUAUUAGAUCUAAAAGAAGUAAUCAUGAAUCUAAUUAUAAUGAAAAAGAAAAUUUAAAUGAAUUAGGAAAAGAAAAUGAUGUAAAUAUAUUCGCAAAAAAUACCAAUUCAGUUAAAUUAAAAUCAAAAGUAAAAUGGAAUGAUGAAUUAUUUUUUACAUUAGAAAAAAACUGUACUAAAUAUUUGAAUGUACUUGUUUAUGCUAAAUAUGAUGAAGAAUUUGACAAUGAAGAUAAAGAAAAUAAAAAUGAUAAAGAUAGUAAUACAAAAAGUAAAUCAUCAAAAGAUACACUUGAAGAGAUUGAUUCAAACCCAAUUCUUUUAGGAUACACUAGUAUUUUUAUCCCACAGAUAAUUGAUGAUUGUAAUUUAACACUAUCAAAAUGUCAUUGUGAAGUUUUUGAUUUACGUCCAACAAAAAAUUCAAAUUUUCAAUUUACAAAUUCUUUAAAUAUUUCAAAUAAACCAGAAGAUGGAUUAACUAAUGAAAUGUUACAUAAAAAUAAUACAUUAAAUAGUGAUAAGAAAAAUUAUAAUGAAGAUAGUAUUGAUUGUAGUAAUAAAGUAACAAUAACAUCAGAAAAUUCUAGUAAAGAUAAAACAUGUAUAACGGAAAAAGAAAAAUUUUUACAUACAUUUACUGUUAUAAGUGGUAAAAAAAAUGAUUCAUAUAUUUGUGGAAUAUGUAAAACAAAACAUUGGUUUGCUGGGUUAAUAAAAUGUUCUACAUGUAAUCUUAUAGUACAUUCUAAAGGUUGUUCUGAGAAAGCUUAUACUGAUAUUGAAUGUAUAUCAGUUUAUCAAGAUUCUGAUUUUGAAGAUCUUGAUAGUACAUUACUUUCACAAAAUUUUUCAAAAGAUAAUAAUUUAUGGAAAAGGAAAUCAAAUUCAGAUGUUCAAGAUAAAGAUUCUUUACAAUCUACACCUGAUCGUAAUAGUAUUCUUGAUCGUAGUAGUUUGAGAAGUAUUAAAAGGGGAAAAUUUUCAGAAAAAGUUUCAAGUGGAAUUAAAUUUUUAGGAAAAGCUUAUAAUAGAGGACAUAAAAAUGAAUCAAAAGGAAAUAUAUCUCCAAAUGUAAAUUUAAUAAAAUUAGAUGAUGUUAUUCAUGAUCAUUUGGUUUCAUUAGAAUGUCCUUUAAAAUUAAGGCAACUUAUGUUUGAACCAAAUAAUGCAUAUAAUGAAACAGUUAUUAAAAAUGUUAAAGAAUUAGGUAAUAUUUCAUUUAAUGAUGUUACUGACAUUAUUGAAAGAAAAGAAAAAAAUAAUAUAAAGAUAACUGAAGUGCAAAAAAUUAUAUCACAAUUGGCAAACCAAAGGAAAGAAAAAUUACUUGCAAAUUCUGGAAUAUCACAAAAUAAUUUAAAUAAUGUUACUGAAACACUAUCAAAUGAUGAACAAAAAGAAGAUCUUAUUGAGAUGGAUUUAAAAUUACAAGCAUUAGCUUUAGUUAUGAUUCAUUAUUGUGAAGGUCUCAGUUCAUGUGAUGCUACUGAAAAUGGUUAA